CCCAGAAAACAGAAGGCCAGAAUGUAACGAUCACCAGAAAACUAUUUCCCAGAAAAUACCGUUUUCCAGAAAACUGUAAUCCUGAAACGAAGAAAUAUCCAAAUCAGGAGAAUCAGAACACAAUAACCGUACCGGUUAAACCAACUGCCGAAAGAGGAAUUAUUCGUGGUGUUUUGACUCCAACCUCGCUAGAGAAGAACAUCUUUCGUUAUAAUGAUCCGACAGUACGACCUUUGCUGAGUCAGAACCAAAGCAUGAACUCACUGCAACACUCACACUCCACUUCAAGUAUUAAUUCUGCAACCAAUUUGCACGUCGUCAAUGCAAACAUUCAACAUCACAAUGUUUCUAGUACAAAUUCCAACGAGAACAAGUAUCAGUAUCCAAUUGGCAGUAUUCGGACCUACGGUACAGUUUCGCAGUACUAUUCAAACAACUCGAGUAACAUCGGCAGCCUAAAAAAUGAGAAAGAGAAAAGCCCUGUUUUAAACUGCGGCAUUCGAGCGAGUACACUGCCCAGAAACAACGGCGUCACCGUUAGUAAUGGUAGCAUUAGCAAUGAAGCGGACGAGCAUGCCAACGUGAACAACCUAAUUCAGAUUGGUUUCGAUCCAAGUAAUCCCUUUAACCGAAAGAGUCCCACCCCGCUGCUAAAGUCGACAGUACAUAUCAACGGCAGUCGAAGCCGAAACCUGAAUGGCUCCCAGCUAAGUUUACUUUCAGAUCUAGGUAAAAAUCCGCUUAGUCUCGGGAUUCCGCACAGCGAUAUGGUAACGAGUAGCACUCCUACUCCGGCCGCGCCAGCGUCCAAUCCAUCCAAUAUGCCGAUGAGCUUGGAUGAUCUGGAAGAUCUGCUUAACUACGCAGACGAACAGGGAGUUACGGAAAACCAGAAGGGAGGGAAAGAGCAACUGACCGGCAAAGGGAGCAACAUAUCAAUCGGACAAAUAUCUAACAUUUGUAGUUCCGGUUACCAAAGUAUCACGACGCAAUCUCAAAGCUCGAGUCCAGUAGAGCUAGGCCAGCAGCAAAUCGAAUACGUAACGAACAAGGUUCCACCUCCGAGAAAGAUGAGUAACAACAAGUACGGAUACAUUAAUCAGCAACGUUACGCGCCAGCCAGUAAUACGGCCACCGUCUCCAGUUUAACAAGCAUCAACAAUAACAACAAUAGUAAUGAACAAGAUGGUCAAUAUGGUCCUCUGGGAUACAAAACUGCUUUAUAUCACCAAAGUACUAACGUGAUUACGGGAACUGCUCUAAAUGCGUACAACAACAACCUAAUCAUUGGUUCGAAUGCCGGUGCCGGUGGCACAGGCGGAGUUAGCAGUGUGUAUAAGAAUCAUCUCAGCACGAUUGGAAGCGGAGGUAAUUUGCACACCUCCAGCAGUGAUGAAAGGUUGAGCAACAAUGACAAUUACCGGGAUAUGGACUCGUUAAAUGCAGGCAAUGGAAAUACGUUUGAAGGCUUUGGUGGGUUGCACGGACGACGACUUGGGAGCAGUCGGAUGCCGCGAACUAACCCUUUAAUGCAGUAUAAACGCGAGGAACCUUUGGAAAUGCAACCGGUUAGCAGCUACACUAGCGCUAACAAUAGUCGGGAUCAUCACAAUCACUAUCACAGUACCAGUGGUGGAGGAACAAACAAUCGUUACCAGCGUAGAAUGAGCAUUGAUUCGGGUCGUACACUUUCUGACAGCUCAACCGACACGGAAAGCGGUUCCAAACAGCUUCCAUCAUCUGUUGCUUUCAACGGUCACGUUGGAAUCGUCGGAGGUCUCGGCAGUCAUCUGGACAAUAAACGCCGCCAUCAUCGUACCAGCAAUGGUAAUGGUUCAGCUUUAGUAACUCUCCCAAGUGGGAUUUUUAUUCUGAAGGUUAGAGUGAUCCCUCCGCUAUCAACUUUUGCAAAUAACGUGUCAUAAAAGGUGUUUGAUAAG